GAUGUCAGGGGUGUUGUGUUCUUUAUACGUACCGUGGGUUACUAAUAACACACCAUAUUCUGCAGAAUUGAACUUUUAUUUAACAGCAACAAAACCACGUUUUACACUGCCAUGCUUCUGGAUCAUUCUUCAUUUCUGCGCAUGCUGGGAACUCUGUCCAGUCACGUCCUGAUACGUGAUAUCACCACAAGGGGUUAAAAACGAGAUGGAAUUUAGCUCCUCGGAUCUCAAACACGGCACGCCAGUUUUGCUGUCUCUGUCCAGAUGUUUGAGAAGUGGAGCAAGGGAUUCAAUCGACCAUCCUUCCUGCUCAGACUGUGGGGAGGGAUUCACUUGGUCAUCUGACCAACUGGCAUGCCCGUCAUUUUACACAGGGGAAAGGCCGUUCACCUGCUCAGACAGUGGGAGUGGAUUCACUCGGUCAUUUCAACUGAAGGUACAUCAGCAAGUUCACACUGGACAAGGCCAUUCAUCUGAUCUGUGUGUGAGAAGGGAUUCAGUCGGUCAUCCCACCUGUGGACACACCAGGCAAUUCACACUGGGCAGAGGCUGGUCAUCUGCUGAAUUUGUGGGGAAGGAUUCACUCGGUCAUCUGACCUAAUGGCUCACCAGCGGGUUCACACUGGGGAGAAACCGUUCACCUGCUCAGACUGUGGGAAGAGUUUCACUAAUUCAUCCACCCUACGGAGCCAUCAGCGAGUUCACACUGGGGAGAAGCCAUUCACCUGCUCAGUCUGUGGGAAGAGAUUCACUCAGUCAUCCAACCUACAGAGUCAUCAGCGAGUUCACACUGGGGAGAAGCCGUUCACCUGCUCAGAAUGUGGGAAGGGAUUUACUCAGUCAUCCAACCUACAGAGUCAUCAGCGAAUUCACACUGGGGAGAAGCCGUUUACCUGCUCAGAAUGUGGGAAGAGAUUCGCUAAGUUAUCCAGCCUACAGAUUCAUCAGCGAGUUCACACUGGGGAGAAGCCGUUCACCUGCUCAGUCUGUGGGAAGGGAUUCACUAAUUCAUCUACCCUACAGAGUCAUCAGCGAGUUCACACUGGGGAGAAGCCGUUCACGUGCUUAGACUGUGGGAAGAGAUUCACUCAGUCAUCCAGCCUACAGAGUCAUCAACGUGUUCACACUGGGGAGAAACCAUUCACCUGCUUAGAAUGUGGGAAAGGAUUCAGUCAGUCAUCCAGACUACUGGCACACCAGUCAGUUCACAGUGGGGAGUGGCCGUUCACCUGCUCAGACUGUGGGAAGGGAUUCACUUGCUCAUCUAAUCUAAUGGCUCACCAGCGAGUUCACACUGGAGGGAUGCUGUUCUCCUGCUCAGUCUCUGAGAAGAGAUUCACUCAGUCAUCCAACCUAGUGACACAUCAGCAAGGUCACACUGGGGAGAGGCCGUUCACCUGCUCAGUCUGUGGGAAGAGAUUCACUCAAUCAUCCACCCUACAGAGUCAUCAGCGAGUUCACACUGGGGAGAGGCCGUUCACCUGCUCAAUCUGUGGAAAGAGAUUCACUCACUCAUCCACCCUACAGAAUCAUCAGCGAGUUCACACUGGGGAGAAGCCAUUCACCUGCUUAGUCUGUGGGAAAAGAUUCACCCAAUCAUCCACCCUACAGAAUCAUCAGCGAGUUCACACUGGGGAGAAGCCGUUCACCUGCUCAGUCUGUGGGAAGAGAUUCACUCAGUCAUCCAACCUACAGAGUCAUCAGCGAGUUCACACUGGGGAGAAGCCAUUCACCAGCUCGGAAUGUGGGAAAGGAUUCACUCAGUCAUCCCACCUACUGGCACACCAGUCACGUGUUCACACUGGGGAGAAGCCAUUCACCUGCUCAGACUGUGGGAAGAGAUUCACUCAGUUAUCCCACCUACAGAGUCAUCAGCGAGUUCACACUGGGGAGAAGUCGUUCACCUGCUUAGUCUGUGGGAAAGAAUUCACUCACUCAUCCACCCUACAGAGACAUCAGCAAGUUCACACUGGGGAGAAGCCGUUCACCUGCUUAGAAUGUGGGAAGGGAUUCACUCAGUCAUCCCACCUACAGAGUCAUCAGCGAGUUCACACUGGGGAGAAACCGUUCACCUGCUUAGAAUGUGGGAAGAGAUUCACUCAGUUAUCCCACCUACAGAGACAUCAGCGUGUUCACACUGGGGAGAAGCCAUUCACCUGCUUAGUCUGUGGGAAAAGAUUCACUGAGUCAUCCCAACUACGGAGACAUCAGCGAGUUCACACUGGGAAGAAGCCAUUCACCUGCUCAGUCUGUGGGAAGAGAUUCACUCAGUUAUCCCACCUAAAGAGUCAUCAGCGAGUUCACACUGGGGAGAAGCCGUUCACAUGCUUAGAAUGUGGGAAGCGAUUCACUCACUCAUCCACCCUACAGAGUCAUCAACGAGUUCACACUGGGGAGAAGCCAUUCACCUGCUCAGUCUGUGGGAAGGGAUUCACUCAAUUGUCCCAACUACACAGUCAUCAGCGAGUUUACACUGGGGAGAAGCCGUUCACCUGCUUAGAAUGUGGGAAAGGAUUCACUCAGUCAUUUAAACUACUGGCACACCAGUCAGUUCACAGUGGGGAGUGGCCAUUCACCUGCUCAGAAUGUGGGAAAGGAUUCACUCAGUCAUCCAAACUACUGGCACACCAGUCAGUUCACACUGGAGAGAGGACAUUCACCUGCUUAGACUGUGGGAAGGGAUUCACUCGGUCAUCCCAACUACUGGCACACCAGUCAGUUCACACCGGGGAGAGGCCGUUCACCUGCUCAGUCUGUGAGAAGAGAUUCACUCAGUCAUCCUACCUACAGAGACAUCAACAAAUUCACACUGGGGAGAAACCGUUCACCUGCUCAGAAUGUGGGAAGAGAUUCACUCAGUCAUCCACCCUACAGAGACAUCAGCAAGUUCAUACUGGGGAGAAGCCAUUCACCUGCUCAGUCUGUGGGAAGAGAUUCACUCAGUUAUCCCACCUACAGAAUCAUCAGCGAGUUCACACUGGGGAGAAGCCAUUCACCUGCUCAGAAUGUGGGAAAGGAUUCACUCAGUCAUUUAAACUACUGGCACACCAGUCAGUUCACAAUGGGGAGUUGCUGUUAUUAUGAAUCACGAGGUUUUGUUUGCUGUGGACUGUCAUUUUAAGAGAGAGAUUAAGAAGGUGAAUCAGUCUGACUUGCAGCUUGGUUACAUUGCUCGCAGCUUGUUUAAUUUUAAUUGAGGACACAGACACUCAGAUUCAGAUGGAGACAAAGGCAGAAAAAUGGAAGGAUUGAAGCAAGGGAACUAGUGACCAAGGGUCACUGUUUCGAACUUUCCUCUGCCCACAAGGGUGGGUUAAUUAUCGAUUCAGCGAACAUCGAAUGUGUGGUUGUCACCUCGUUUGAUCCAUAGGAGUGGAUCUGAUUUGGGGUAUCCUGUGGAGACCACUUAUGUGUUAACCCUUGCCUUGGUGUGUUGUAAUUCACUUGAAGUCGAUACCCCUUGUGACAAGUCACUUUCGGUGAUAAUUCAUAUGUGGAUGUGAAACGAGAACAGAUAAAAUCUACAGAUACUGUUCUCUCGUUUUACCACUGUGGAACCUGUGGAAUUUGACAUAAUUGCCUUCUCUCAACAUUUACCCUGGAUUACAAAUAUCUCUCUCUCAUCACCUAUUCUGUGGAUGAACUGAACUUUCAUACUUUACCGUCUCAAGACUCUAAGCCUUGUUUUCCCUGAGCUCAAUAGUUGGGAGUUAUAUUUACACACACAUAUACACAUAGUACUGUUAACUUUUGUUUAUCUUGCUUAAGUUACGAUAUUAUAAGUAGAUACUAUUAAGGAUAGUGGAUUUAACAUCAAAACCAGACUCCAGUUGUAGUCUGUUGCUGUUGGUUCAUUUCUAAAGUGUUACGGUUCAUAACAAAUCUGGGGCCUGCAUCCGGGAUAUGAGCAGAUUUGGGGGCGUAUUGAUUAAUUAUCAAUUUCAUUGGGGAAAUCCCUUUGAUUUAUUUGUGUGUGGAAAAUCAGCAGCAAUGGAUGUUGAUAGAUUUCUGGAAGCAUCAACCUCUGAGGCACUAAAGGACACAAGGAUUGAGUUGUUGAGUAUUGCUAAAAGGUUAAAACUUGCUAAGGUGAAAUUGACAAUGAGAAGGGCACAGAUGCAGAAGAUCAUAACUGAGCAUUAUGUAUCUAAGGGUGUGUUUAAAGUGGAAGAGUUGGAAGUGUUUCCUGAAUGUAAUCCUAGUGAGCUUGAGCUCCCGUACAAGUUAGAAAAAUUAAAGAUGGAGGCUGUGGAAAGGCAAAGGGAGUUUGAGGCUGGACAGGCAGAAAAACAGAGAGGAAGCAGAAAGACAGUGGAUGUUCAAGCUGGAAAAGAUAGAAAGAUUGUAGCAAAGGUGUCUCACGUUAGACUCUGGUGAUAAGUUUGAGGCCAGUCGAGAAGUUAAAUUGGUACCUCCAUUUGACGAGGCAGAGGUUGAUAAAUAGUUCCAGCAA